UGCGGGACGCGGGACAAAAAUAUGUCCGUCUCAGGUUCCGCAUGUGCGUGCCGACACAACCCCAGCCUACCUCGAUCACAAGAAACAAGAGAGAGGGGGACUAUGGCCCAGAUAGGGGUACACUUCCGCGCAACUCGCCAACUUGUGGGUACUGUGCGAGCCUCUCCCCUGCUCGGCUACAGAAGGACUUUGUCGGCAUCUGCUGACCCCUAUGAUGUCGUCGUAGUAGGAGGAGGUCCCGGCGGGUAUGUAGCUGCCAUCAAGUCGAGCCAACUGGGGCUCAAGACCGCUGUCGUGGAGUCUCGAGGCAAGCUAGGAGGUACCUGCCUCAACGUCGGGUGCAUCCCUUCCAAGGCGUUGCUGCAUUCGUCCCACCUGUACCACGAGGCAACUCACAAUAUGGCUGCUCAUGGCAUCAGCGUGGGGGAUGUUUCCAUGGAUAUUGGCAAAAUGAUGGAGAACAAGGACUCAAAAGUCGAGGGGCUCACUGGAGGAAUCGAGUACCUCUGCAAAAAGUACAAGGUGGACUACAUCAAAGGGUUUGGCAAGCUUGGUGGGCCGAACACCGUGAAUGUGGACCUGACGGAGGGUGGACUGCAAUCCUUGGAGACGAGAAACAUUGUCAUCGCCACUGGUUCGGAGGUAACUCCUCUCCCUCCUGUGCCCGUAGACAACGCGCAGCAGAAGAUUGUGGACUCGACAGGCGCGCUGGAACUCAAAGAGGUCCCCAAGAGCCUGGUACUGAUUGGUGGUGGCGUGAUCGGGCUGGAGAUGGGCUCUGUUUGGGCUCGGCUUGGCUCAAAGGUUACGGUUGUGGAGUUCCUGGACCGGGUGUGUCCUUCCAUGGACCACGAGAUCACCAAGGCCUUCACCCGUGUUCUCAAGAAGCAGGGGCUCAAGUUCAAACUUAAAACCAAGGUCACGUCUUCUGAGGUGACCGAAUCAGGUGUCAAGCUCACCAUGGAACCUUCGAAGGGAGGAGCGUCUUCAACCAUGGAGGCGGACGUGGUGCUCGUCGCAACCGGCCGGCGGCCGUUCACGGCCAACCUGGGCUGCGACGAGUUGGGCAUCUCACUCGAUAAGAUGGGCCGUAUCGAGGUGGACCCGCACUUCCGCACGGCAGUGCCUUCAGUGUUUGCCAUCGGUGACUGUAUCUCGGGUCCCAUGUUGGCCCACAAGGCCGAGGAAGAGGGCAUCGCGUGCGUGGAAGGUAUCGCAGGCUUCGCUGGGCACGUGAACUACGACGCUAUACCUGGAGUGGUUUACACGUACCCGGAGGUCGCAGAGGUGGGCAAGACAGAGGAAGCGUUGAAAGAGGCGGGGGUGGCGUACAACAAGGGAACGUUCCCGUUCUCGGCCAACAGUCGUGCCUCGUGCGUGGGUGACAAAGAUGGAAUGGUCAAAAUCCUCAGCGAUAAGGAGACAGACCGUAUUCUUGGCGCUCACAUUCUGGGGCCCAACGCCGGCGAAAUGAUCGCGGAGGUGGUGCUUGCCAUGGAGUACGGAGCUUCGAGCGAGGAUAUUGCCAGAACGUGCCACGCCCACCCUACCCUCAGUGAGGCGCUGAAAGAGGCUUGCAUGGCAACGUACGACAAGCCUAUCCACUUCUAGUUUUCGUCUGCACCCUUUUGUUUCUUCGCCCAAGGGACGUGCGUGGUUUUCUAAGUGCUGUUGUUGGGUGUCAUUUGCUGUGCAGGAUUCAGGGCGAAGGUUGAGACAGGGCGGUAUCAUUCUUGAGCGGGUGAAUGUUAGGACGCGUGCCUUAUCCUACCGGCUGUGGGGCACUAUUUUUUUCCCUUCUUCUUUUUCGAAGAUUUGGCAGCCUCGGCCUUCUUGUCUGCUUCCAGCUUUUCUUGAAGGAGCCGAGCCGCCUCUGCCUCCAUUGCGGCUUGUUGGGCAAACCUGAAUAUGAAUGAUAUGUGCGGUUGAUUUGUCUCGUUGGAAUGGCGGAACAAUGCAUGGAUGGAUGCAUUUCACGCCUCGCUUGCAUAUUCAGGGGCCUGGAUCCAUAACGUCUUGGUCUGAUAGUUACGAAGACAUGAAAGGGAACAGACACAUUUCGCUGUCAAUGGCUGUACGUGGAAUCCCACAUGCGGAUAUGUGCGGAAAUGUGCAGCGUAGUGAGUACUUACCCUUUCUCUUCCGCCUUUCGACGUUCCUCGGCUCGCAGCUCUUUUUGAUCCUCAAGCCAUUCGCGGAGUUGCCUUUCAGCCCUCAGCUGCUCUUGCAUGGCUUUUUCUUCUGCCAAUAUUUUAUCCGCGAUGCUCAGCUCUUGUCGGCGUACUGCUUGGCUUUCUUCAAAUCUUUUGAAGUUGUUUUCCAAUGCUGUUUUCACCUUGUGCUGGUCGGCCAUUGCCAGACCAUUCAGCCCAACCUCGAGGAAGGUGAUGGUGUGAUUUGAUUCCAUGCCCCGAGAGAGUGCCACCCCAGCUUCUGCCCCAAGCGCACACCUCCACAAAUUGACGGAUGUGAGGGUGCUAUUUUUGCUGAACAUGUCCGUAAGCGCUUGUAUCCCCGACAUAUUUGCCCCGUCGCUAGUCAAGGAGUUCGAUUCAAGGCUCAAACACUUGAGGGUGGAGUUCGAGCAGAGCGAUUCGCCGAAAGCGCGGCAUGUCAAUACUCCGAGCUGGUUUGACCCUAGCGCCACGUUCACCAAGACUGUGUUGCGCUUGAGCAAACGUGCAACGUAUGUACCGGCUGCGUCGUCAAUGCCGUUGCACGAUAAGUCCAGGCUGGUAAGUGAAGUGUUGGUCCACAUCGACUUGGCAAGAGCUCGAGCAGUGACGGAAUUGACGUCUAUCCGAGCUGUAGGUGGCGUGGCGUUUUGUUUUACCUGAGCACGUGUUGGGCAGGGGGGAGGGAUGUACUCAUAGUCGUGCAU